AUGACGGCAGAAGCUGGCCACGGUAAAUGGCAGCCAAACGGUGGCCAGGCGAUCUCGGCCCAACUGUCGGCUGUGUACCACAAUGUAAUCGAGUUAGUGCAUAGUGCUACUGAAAGCGGCGAAGAACUCGCCAUAAACACGACCAGCCGUUCCCGAAGCUCGUCAUGGAGUAGUGAGGCGAGUGUUGAUGCCACGUCGUGGAACGGCGGGGCUCCUCAGCCUGCGAACGAGCACGAGAAAGACGAGGUAGACUCCAUGGCCAAGCUGAAAGAGCGACUGCAGCUGGCGGAGAAGAUCAACUCAAGGCUGGAACAGCUGUAUCAAAAGUAUAGACUUCGUUGGUUGGAGGAAAGCUAUCGGGCAAGGGUAUUGGAGGAAUACGCACCGGAAGGAGUCAGCACUUACCCUCCACAUCAGAUCUCAUGGAAUGCUCCCUCUCCUGCUCAAAGUGAUACAAACGUACCUCAUCAUAGAGGUGGAACCCGCAAGAUAGGCGAAGCCCGCGAGCACGAAUUUUGCAUCAGUAUGGGCGAUUGGUAA